UCUGAUUGUCAAAACUAGCUAAGUUAGCAACGGGAGUCGGUAGUAAACUUCACGGUCUGAUCUUGUUAAAAAACAGCUCAAUCGGCUUUAUAUCUUCACCCUAAUACACGUUACGUGUUUCGGAGCUUAGUCUGUCCGAUUCUAAUAUUCGGUAUAUGAGGAUUAUGAGUGAGAUUAACUCGAUAGUAAAGCGCUGUUACUAAACUGGCUAGCUGGCCGUAAACGAUAACCGAAGCUAGCCAGCUAACGAUAUUAGCAAGUCAACCCAAAGACAUUAAAUGCGGAUUUAAAGGUUUGCUUCUCUUUUAAAUACUCCGGGGAUUACAUUUUAAAGUUGGGAUAAUGCACCACGUCAAGAUCAAGACUGAAAGGCCAGAUUUGGAUGGAGCUGGUGCCCGCAGUAGAUUAGAUGCUGUAUUAAAGGGACUGGUGGAAAAGACUGAAAAUGAAAAGGAGCAAAAUGAUGGGGAGCCUGGAAAACUACCAUCAGACUCUUUAAACAAGGAUCUGUCUCCAUCAUCUGCUGGUAAAAGACCUUCAGCGCGCUUCCCACAGCACAGGAGGAAGAAGCGAAAAGAGAUGGACGAGAGCAUACCAGAGACAAACCACCAUAAACAAAAUGCAUACAUUAUUAAGUUGUUCGAUCGCAGUGUUGAUCUGGCUCAAUUCAACACCAGCACCCCGCUCUAUCCGAUCUGCCGCGCCUGGAUGAGGAACAAUCCGUCCGUCCGAGAACCAGCAGCUUGCCCGGGUUCUCCAUACAGCAUGGUGGAGGAGGAGGUUUCAGAUAUGAUCAAUGGUAAAGGUCAGAAUGUGUACAGACUCCCUCCUCCGACCUCGUGUCCUUUCAGCUCCUCCGGUGAACCCAUAAAUCUCAGGAUCCCACAAACUGAAAAACCCACAGUUACUAAGCUCCCAGAAGUGGCUGCAUCAGGAGCUCAUAUAGGCGACCACAUGGAACGCUGGAAGAAGAUCAGACAGAAAUGGAAGGAGUGCUCCAACAAGAACCAGUUAAGAUACAGCGAGAGCAUCAAGAUCCUGAAGGAAAUGAAGGAGCUUUACGACCACUGACGACCCUGGAGAUCCUCAACACAGAAUGAAUUCUAUGCAGUUUGAAAGGAGCCACGGCCGCUGUGUGGACACACUGUCACACCAGUAGAGGAACAUUCACAGAACUUUGAGCCUCAAGUUCAUUUGUCCUUUGCACUGCAAGUGUUUUGGUACGGUUUCCUGUAUGGGUGUGUCUCGUGUUGUAUCGUCGGACAUUUUUAUUCAUAAAAUUCACUGUACUUGUCUGAUUGACUCAGUUUUACCAUUUUUCCACAGAACCUAUCUAUCUAGCUAUGGGAGAAGUUUUUCCUCACAUUUCACUGUAUUUCGCACCAGCAAUUUUAAUUAAAGUUAGCUUCAUGUUGA